AUGUCUUUCAUUCUUUCUUUUUUUCUUCCUUUCUUUCUUUCUUUUAUUUCAUUUUAUUUAGCCUUUAAUUUAAAUCCUCCCUUUAUAUUUAUUCUUUGUUUUUUCUUUCUUUCUCCCAAUAGAUUUAUUCUUUGCUUUAUUUGUUUCUUUUCUUUAUUUCUUUGGUUUUUUUUUCUUUUUUUCUUUUUUUUUUUCUUUCUUUCUUUCUUUUUAGGAAUUUUUAUUGAUUUCAUUAUUUCUUUUUAUUCUUCCUUUCUUUGUUUUUUUUUUAGAGGUUUUCCUUUCUUUCUUUUUAGGAAUUUUAUUUGUUUUAUUUAUUUUAUUUAUUGUUUAAUUUUAUUCCUCUUUCUUUUAUUUUUUCUUAGUUUGUUUCUUUCUUUCUUUCUUUUUUUUUUUCAUUCUUUUUUUUUCUUCUUUUCCAACCUUAUUUCUUUGCAUAGAGGUUUUUUUUUUUUUCUUUCAUUUUUCUUUCUUUCUUUCUUUCUUUUUUUUCUUUCUUUCUUUCUAUAUUUAAUUUCUUUGACUGAAAUUGAAAUUUUAUUCUUUAUUUAUUUCUUUUUUAUUUUUUUUUUCAUUCUUUUAUAUCUUUCAUUCUUUAUAUAUUUAUUCUUUGUCCAGUUUUCUUUAUUUUUCAAUUCUUUUUGUCUUUCAUUCUUUCUUUUUUUCUUCCUUUCUUUCUUUCUUUUAAAGGAUUUUGUUUAUUUCUUUCUUUCUUUUGUCCAGUUUUCAUUUUCCCAAGUCUUUUUGAAAUCCUCCCUUUAUAUUUAUUCUUUGUUUGCUUCUUUCUUUCAUUCUUUAUGUCUUUCCUUCUUUCUUUUUUCUUCCUUUCUUUCCUUCUUUCUUUCUUUCUUUCUUUUAUUUCAUUUUAUUUAG